CUAGCAGGAGGGAAGCCCUGGAGAGGAGGAGGCAGCUCUGAGCGGCCGGGAGUGGGGGCAGAAGCGGGUAGAGGAGAGGGAGAGAGGCUAAUUGAAAGGGGCACGCGGCGGGAAGCGCGCGAGACCCGUGCGCCGCCAAGAACCAAUUCGCGGCGGAACUUGGAUCUUCCCUAGGCACGGAGAGGCCCCCUACCUGGGCUGGAAUCUUCUCCUGAACAGGACUGCUGUUACAUCCCAUGUGAAAAGCAGGAAAUAAAAUGAAGAUUUUUCAGUGCAAGAUGCAGCAUUGGCUGUUUCCAGCUUUUUUGGCAAUUACUUAUUUUUGCACCAAUGUCCAGGGUCAAGUGGCUCCACCCACAAGGUUAAGAUAUAAUGUAUUAUCUCAUGAUAGUAUCCAGAUUUCAUGGAAGGCUCCGAGAGGGAAAUUUGGUGGAUACAAACUUCUUGUGACUCCAGCUUCAGGUGGAAAAACCAAUCAAUUGAAUCUCCAGAACACUGCAACUAAAGCGAUUAUUCAAGGUCUGAUGCCAGACCAGAAUUACACAGUGCAAAUUAUUGCAUACAAUAAAGACAGAGAAAGCAAGCCAGCCCAAGGCCAAUUCAGAAUUAAAGAUUUAGAAAAAAGAAAGGAACCAAAACCCAGAGUCAAGGUUUUGGACAAAGGAAAUGAGAAUAAACCAUCUGUACCAGAAGAAGAAGUGAAAUUUUUCUGUCAAACUCCAGCUGUUGCUGAUAUUAUAAUUCUGGUUGAUGGCUCAUGGAGUAUUGGAAGAUUCAACUUCAGACUGGUUCGGUCUUUUUUGGAAAACCUGGUUACAGCAUUCGACGUGGGCUCCGAGAAGACACGAAUUGGUCUUGCACAGUAUAGCGGCGACCCCAGAAUAGAAUGGCACUUGAAUGCUUUCAACACAAAAGAUGAGGUGAUCGAAGCUGUCCGAAAUCUACCAUACAAGGGAGGAAAUACACUAACAGGUCUUGCUUUGAACUACGUCUUUGAAAACAGCUUUAAACCAGAAGCGGGAGCGAGGACUGGAGUGUCCAAAAUUGGCAUUUUAAUCACAGAUGGAAAAUCCCAAGAUGAUAUCAUUCCACCAUCCAGAAACCUUCGUGAAUCUGGUGUAGAACUGUUUGCCAUAGGGGUGAAAAACGCGGAUGAGAAUGAAUUGCAGGAGAUCGCCUCUGAACCAGACAACACUCAUGUGUACAAUGUCGCCGAAUUUGACCUGAUGCACACAGUUGUGGAGAGUCUGACGAGGACUGUCUGCUCCAGGGUGGAAGAACAGGACAGGGAGAUCAAAGCCUCAGCCCUUGCCACCACUGGGCCACCUACAGAACUGAUUACUUCUGAAGUCACUGCCAGGAGCUUUAUGGUAAACUGGACUCAUGCCCCAGGAAAAGUGGAAAAAUACAGAGUCGUGUAUUAUCCUGCCAGGGGUGGAAAACCAGAAGAGGUGGUGGUGGAUGGAAGCAUAUCUUCCACAGUAUUGAAAAACUUGAUGUCUUUAACCGAAUAUCAGAUAGCAGUCUUUGCAAUAUACGCUCACACUGCUAGUGAAGGCCUUCGGGGAACUGAAACCACACUUUCUUUACCUAUAGUUUCUGACCUUGAACUGUACGAUGUGACUGAGAACAGUCUGAGGGCGAGAUGGAACCCAGUGGCUGGAGCGUCAGGGUACCUGAUCCUUUACGCUCCUCUCACGGAAGGCCUGGCUGGGGAUGAAAAAGAGAUGAAAAUUGGAGAGACCCACACGGAUAUUGAGCUGAGUGCGUUGUUGCCCAAUACGGAAUACACAGUCACAGUUUAUGCUAUGUUUGGAGAAGAGGCCAGCGACCCUGUUACAGGACAAGAAACAACACUGCCCUUAAGUCCACCCAGAAACCUGAGAAUCUCCAGUGUUGGCUCUAACAGUGCUCGGUUAGCCUGGGACCCAACUUCAAGAAAGAUCAGUGGUUAUCGGAUUGUGUAUAACAACGCCGAUGGGACUGAAAUCAAUGAGGUUGAAGUUGAUCCUAUUACUACGUUCCCUCUGAAGGGCUUGACACCCCUCACCGAGUAUACUGUUGCCAUUUUCUCCAUCUAUGAUGAAGGACAGUCGGAGCCUCUGACUGGAAUUUUUACCACAGAGGAAGUUCCCGCCCAGCAAUACUUGGAAAUUGAUGAGGUGACAACAGAUAGUUUUAGAGUGACCUGGCAUCCCCUCUCAGUUGAUGAAGGGCAACACAAGUUGAUGUGGAUUCCAGUCUACGGUGGGAAGACUGAAGAAGUUGUCCUAAAAGAAGACCAAGACUCAUAUGUUAUUGAAGGCCUGGAACCUGGCACUGAAUAUGAAGUUUCCCUGUUGGCUGUACUGGAUGGUGGAAGUGAGACUGAGGUAGUGACUGCCGUUGGGACCACACUUGACAGUGUUUGGACAGAACCGCCUACGACCGAAGCACCUACCAGGCCUGUGACAUCAGUUUUCCGCACGGGAGUCAGAAACCUGGUUGUAGAUGAUGAAACCACUUCUAGCCUGCGGGUAAAAUGGGACAUUUCAGACAGCAGUGUGCAGCAGUUCAGGGUGACCUACCUGACUGCUCAAGGGGACCCUGCCGAAGAAGUGGUAGGAACGGUUAUGGUGCCUGGAAGCCAGAACAAUCUCCUCCUGAAGAAUCUGCUUUCCGAUACUGAAUACAAAGUCACAGUGACUCCCAUUUACGAUGAUGGAGAAGGGGUCAGUGUCUCUGCCCCUGGAAAAACCUUGCCACCUUCUGGUCCCCAAAACUUACAGGUUUCAGAAGAAUGGUAUAACAGAUUGCGCAUUACAUGGGAUCCCCCAUCUUCCCCUGUAAAGGGCUAUAGGAUUGUCUACAAACCUGUCAGUGUUGCUGGCCCAACGCUGGAAACAUUCGUAGGGGCUAACAUCAACACCAUCCUUAUUACAAACCUCCUCAGUGGGAUGGACUACAACGUGAAAAUAUUUGCUUCCCAGGCCUCAGGUUUCAGCGACGCUCUAACAGGCGUGGUGAAAACACUGUUUUUGGGUGUGACCAAUCUUCAGGCAGACCAGAUCCAAACAACCAGCGUGUGUGCUCGCUGGCAGGUGCAACGUCAUGCCACUGCCUACAGGAUAGUUAUCGAAUCCCGCCAGGAUACACAAAAGCAAGAAUCCACUCUGGGUGGAGGGACAAACAGACAUUGCUUCUAUGGACUUCAGCCAGAUUCAGAAUAUAAAAUCAGUGUUUACACAAAGCUCCACGAGAUUGAGGGACCCAGUGUGAGCAUAACGGAAAAAACACAAUCACUUCCUACUCGGCCACCUACUUUUCCUCCAACUAUUCCACCAGCAAAAGAAGUAUGUAAAGCUGCCAAAGCCGACCUGGUGUUUAUGGUGGAUGGAUCCUGGAGUAUUGGUGAUGAAAAUUUCAAUAAGAUCAUUAACUUCCUGUAUAGCACUGUUGGAGCUCUGGACAAGAUAGGUGCAGAUGGAACUCAAGUUGCAAUGGUCCAGUUCACUGAUGACCCCAGGACAGAAUUUAAACUUAACUCUUACAAAACCAAAGAGACGGUUCUUGAUGCAAUUAAGCAUAUCUCGUACAAAGGAGGAAAUACAAAAACAGGAAAAGCAAUUAAGCAUGUCCGAGAUACCUUGUUUACUGCAGAGUCAGGAACCAGAAGAGGCAUCCCGAAGGUCAUCGUGGUUAUAACUGAUGGAAGAUCACAAGAUGAUGUGAGCAAAAUCUCCAGGGAGAUGCAAUCAGAUGGCUACAGCAUUUUUGCAGUUGGUGUGGCUGAUGCAGAUUACUCAGAGUUGGUUAGCAUUGGCAGUAAGCCCAGCGCCCGGCAUGUCUUCUUUGUGGAUGACUUUGACGCCUUUAAGAAAAUUGAAGAUGAAUUGAUUACUUUUGUCUGUGAAACCGCGUCAGCAACCUGCCCACUGGUGCAUAAGGAUGACAUUGAUCUUGCAGGAUUUAAGAUGAUGGAAAUGUUUGGUUUGGUUGAAAAGGAAUUUUCAUCGGUGGAAGGGGUUUCUAUGGAGCCUGGUACCUUCAAUGUGUAUCCUUGUUAUCAACUUCAUAAAGAUGCCCUGGUUUCCCAGCCAACCAAAUAUUUACAUCCGGAAGGAUUGCCCUCUGACUAUACAAUCAGUUUUCUAUUCCGGAUUCUUCCUGAUACUCCAGAGGAGCCAUUUGCUCUUUGGGAGAUUUUAAAUAAAAAUUCUGACCCAUUGGUUGGAGUCAUUUUAGAUAAUGGUGGGAAAACCCUAACAUAUUUCAACCAUGACUACAGUGGGGAUUUUCAAACUGUUACUUUUGAAGGACCUGAAAUUAGGAAAAUUUUCUACGGAAGCUUUCACAAGCUGCAUGUUGUUAUCAGCAAGACUUUGGCCAAAGUGGUUAUUGACUGCAAGCAAGUGGGUGAGAAGGCAGUAAAUGCAUCGUCUAAUAUCACAUUAGAUGGUGUCGAAGUCCUAGGGAGAAUGGUUAGAUCAAGAGGACCAAAUGGAAACUCUGCCCCAUUCCAGUUACAGAUGUUUGAUAUUAUUUGUUCCACAUCAUGGGCCAGUAAAGACAAAUGCUGUGAACUUCCUGGCCUGAGGGAUGAAGAGACCUGCCCAGAGCUUCCACAUUCCUGCUCCUGUUCUGAAAUCAAUAAAGGGGCUCUGGGACCAGCAGGCCCACCGGGUGGUCCAGGACUCCGAGGACCAAAGGGCCAACAGGGUGACCUGGGCCCAAAGGGACCAGAUGGCCCUCGGGGUGAAACAGGCCCUCCGGGACCUCAGGGUCCUCCUGGACCCCAAGGACCAAGUGGUCUGUCCAUUCAAGGAAUGCCUGGAAUGCCAGGCGAAAAAGGAGAGAAAGGAGCGACUGGACUUCCUGGCCCACAGGGCAUCCCAGGAGGUGUUGGUUCACCAGGACGUGAUGGCUCACCAGGCCAAAGGGGCUUUCCUGGAAAGGAUGGAUCCUCUGGCCCUCCGGGACCACCAGGGCCAAUUGGCAUUCCCGGAGCCCCUGGAGUCCCAGGAAUCACAGGAAGCAUGGGACCCCAAGGCGCCCUCGGACCACCUGGUGUCCCUGGAGCAAAGGGAGAAAGAGGAGAAAGAGGUGACCUACAGUCUCAAGCCAUGGUGAGAGCAGUGGCACAUCAGGUGUGCGAACAGCUCAUCCAAAGUCAUAUGGCCAGGUACACAGCCAUCCUCAACCAGAUUCCCAGCCAGUCAACAUCAAUUCGGACCAUCCAAGGGCCUCCUGGAGAGCCUGGGAGACCAGGCUCACCUGGAACCCCUGGUGAACAAGGACCCCCAGGUGCCCCAGGCUUCCCAGGAAAUGCGGGUGUGCCAGGGACCCCAGGAGAACGAGGUUUAACUGGUGUGAAGGGAGAUAAAGGAAAUCCAGGCAUUGGAACUCAAGGUCCAAGAGGCCCCCCUGGGCCAGCAGGACCGUCCGGGGAAAGUCGGCCAGGAAGCCCUGGACCCCCUGGCUCUCCUGGACCAAGGGGUCCACCAGGUCACUUGGGGGUGCCUGGACCACAAGGUCCUUCUGGCCAGCCUGGAUACUGCGACCCCUCUUCAUGUUCUGCCUACAGCGUAGGAGAUCUGAUCCCUUACAAUGAUUACCAGCACUGAUGUGGAACUCCUCCACUGAUUACGUUGGCCUGGGCAAUUGGCUGCAGAUACAGAACUGUCCUGUUGACCACCACCACCCAUCCCCUGCCCCUAACAAUGGGCACUCUGUUUCCCUGCCUCACCUGCUUCCCUACCUGCCCACUGUCACAUUUCUUGCCCUCCCUGCUCCAAGCACAUACAAUGAUAAGACUGGAACUUAACCAAAUCACAUGUGUCAGUUGUUAUAGAAACUGACUGCUGCAUAUCAGCCUGAGCAUAGGUAUAAGAUUGUCUACCAAGAAUUAUCCCAAGCUUCCCUAGGUGAAGACCCAGGAAUAGUUACUUAAAUGUGUCUUCUCCUCUUUCCUGUAGCCACACAAAUUGCUGGGCACCUUUCUCCCUGACCACCCUACUAUCCAUUCUUCCUCUGAUCACCUCCCCUCCCUACUGCCCCCUGGUGUUGGACUUCUAACAUGAGAUGGGUUUUUAAAAUUUAUUUUUCUUUCAUCAUUCUGCUGAGAUUUCAGGGUUUCUUUUGUAAAUAAAACAUGUAAUAUUUAAGCAGUUGGCUGUGAUUCUAGUUUCCUAACAAUUUCUGCGGUAUAUCUGUACCUUCCUUCUUUCGCUAACCAUCUGAAACCUCCUGGCAAAGGUGCAAGCACUGUGGUGGAUAAAGGUAGCUACUACUUUCUACCCGAGCAGGAUAUCUCUGUACUUUAGAGACUAUGUCUCUAUGGACCCAUAUAAGGGGAGGAUAUCAAUUUAUGGUUCCUGGGUUCUAUCACGUCCCCACCCCCACUCUUCCUCUCUAGUUCCCCAUCCUGAUGAGCCAGAGUUCACCCCUGUCCAAGAUGAGCUGGAAGCCAUGGAGCUGUGGGGCUCUGGGAUAUGAUAGUCUCAGGAGAACUUGGAGGACCAACCGCAAAAGCUCCUAAGGCAACUUAUUCAAGAAGAAUGUCGUUAUGUGGUUUGUAUGCUGCCUUUGGGAGGGGACUCAUUUCACCAGCCUACAUCUCCUCCUUGGAUAUUGUUAAUAAUAUUGUUAUAUUAACAAAAAGUAUGUUUAAAACAAUUCCCCUUAAUCCAUGACACCAUAGGAUUGAUUUCUCUUUGUUGUUUUAAUGGCAUGCUCAAAGAAAAAUUGGCCAAGAAGUUUGAACUCUGGAAUCUUUUCUGUGGUAGAUGAUCUCAAGUCCUAAAAUGCCACAAGACAGAUAUGACUGUCUUUGAGGAAAAUGGGGUCCCAGCAGAACAGGAAUUCAAAGGGACUCGAAGAUUAUGCUGUUUAUCCUUAUCCCCUCUAGGAAUGACCUUGCUGAAAAGAAAGGAGGGACAUGAUUGGAGAAACUACCUCUUGCUAAAUUGAUCUGUCCAACUCUGAGAUCACUUGGUAACUAGCUCCACUGGUAUCCAAGAAUAUGUGUUAGAAUAUAACCUUUCUGAAUUUGGUGAUUGUAAAAAUAGAUUUAGUUUUUUCAGUGGCUUUUGACAUGUAAAAUAAUGACUUCCCACUGAUUCUGAUGGAAAAAGAUCCAAUUUUGAUGAAUAAUUUAUCCAGCAGUAUGUUCCAGAGCUUGCGCUCCUUAACCACAUGGAUUACUUUGUACAUGCAGAUAUAUUUUUGCAAACCUAUUUCCAUUCUUUUUUUUAAGCAAAUAAAAAUUUUAAACAAUGUA